AGCAGUUAUACUCGCUGCACUGCUCUGGUCAAAAAAAUUGCUAGUACAGGAGAAAAAGCGAGUGCUGGUAGUGCAUACUUUCUAGCUAGAAAUAACAUCAUGAUGUUGGGAUCAGAGGCUGACUCAACUACGUGCAAAAAAUUUUUGAAUGAGCAUCAAAGCAACAUAAGGAUCUAUCUCACGAACACUGUCUCGGCGACCUGCUUGCGCUUGUUUCGUGACUAGCUGCAGCUAUUUGACAACAAGCAGAGACCGGCACGACGCAUAUGCACCGACGAGCGACAACGAAGGAUCCACAACAAAUGAGUAACAUCGAAUCUCCAGCAGAAUAAGACCGCCGCAUUGAAUCUGCUGUGUACUUACGAAAAAAGGUUAAAGCACAAGGAGCACUGCACCCACCAUCUUUACCACGCCAAUAUCAACAUGCCCGAACAAAACAAAACCCACAUGAUGAACGACCAAACUCGUGACCUUGCAGAUGAGCCACCUGAUGACUUGCUCCAAGCACGUCAGUCGUUGCAGAACGAGUUGGAUACUGCUGAAGCGGGAAUCAACAAGAGGGUGGGAGAAGUAUCCCAGCACAUCCAACAAGCCAGAAAAAGUGUCACUGAGCAUUGUGACCGCGUUGAGCAAGCCUUGGAGAAGCGACGAUUUCUACUGUUGCAAGAAGUUAUGUUGCUGGGGCACACGUUUCAUUUUUAAUCAAACGAAGCAAGGUCAAGGAUUUGUUUUUGUUUAGUGGUCUGUAAUCGUCCCAUAGAAGACCGUCUAGGGCUGCAACGCUCUUUUUUUCGAGCUUUUUAGUCUCUAAUCUGCUGGACCGUCUAGAGCUGCAACGCGUUCGGGUACUAGAGAAACAGAAGAAGCAGUUACGAAAAAUCCGACGUUACAUCGGGGACGACGUGCAAACGGAAGAGACACGGGCAAAAGUCGAGAAGUAUCUCAGUGUCCAAAGCGAGUUUGAGAGGUCUUCAUGUUCAUCUUCUCCUAGUUCUAGUAGCACAACUUCUUCGAGUUCGCUACGAGACGAUAGUGCUCGACCUGGAGUAGGCUCAGCGAAGGGAGACGAUUACCCCGUACAUGAAGAUCCGGUUCUCGGGAUAUCUGCGUCGAAAUCGUCCAGGAGAAAUAGUAGCUCCUUGGGAAGUGUGACCACUCCUGCAGGUGCUGAGGACCACUCCUCAAGCUCAGCGUCCUCAUCAGGCAGUAGUACGGAAUACGCUUCCGAUCACCUAACAUGGGCAGGCCAAAAAUCGUUACUGGCAGAUCUGAGGCGACGUGUGAUAACGACACCAUGUGCUGACAGUGAGGUGUAUUUGGACCUGAAAGAGGCACAGCUGGUGCCAUUGCUUGAGCGGCUAGGGACAGUGUCAGCGACGCCGGAACUAGUUGCUGGACAACACUUCUUCUUGCCGACAGACUUGGUUAUGUUGAAUAAAUAGAAUGCUCUCUGAAAUGAGGACAGAAUUUUUGAGUCUGCAACUUCAUGAGCAUGAGAACGGGAACCUACUUAUUACCAAUCAAUAAAAUUUUCAUAGCAGGAUACGCUACAGCUUGAAUGAAGAUCCUUACAAAAAUAUUACCAAUGAGCAUGAUGAGCGGCCCAUUCUCCUUUCAUAGCAAAGCGCAGCGACACAAUGGUGGCCAUAAUGCCUAGAGAAGUGAAGCAGAUGACGACGAUGUUAGGCGGUUGUCUAGCUGGUAUAACGAGUGCAACGCUAACGCACUGGCUCGACGUCGCCAAAGUGCUACGACAAGUUGGUGCAAGGUGAAGAAUUAUGAAGACUUUGCUUUGUGCAGCAGAAGUAUCACGACAAGUAUCAGAAGAAUGAUUUCCCUGCUCAAAAAGAAAAAUCUUACUUGUUUUUUUUAGGGUCUUCAAUCAUUGCCUUCUCUGAAUCAACACUUUCUCUUUAUCCCUAUCAGAGCCCCGCCAACCGCGAGUACGUAUCUUCUUGGGAUUGGUAUGGGUGCUUUUGCGCAGGGUCAACGGUUCGGACUGACUCUGGUUAUCGACCAAAAUAUGCAGAGAGAACUGAAGAAACACUCAGACAACCGGAUAGUCUCCUUCUGUGGGUCUAUGGUGGCUGCAGGUACUAGAAGAUUCAACGGCACAUAUGGGGGUUGAUGAAGAAGACUAUGAUGAAAUAUUUACUCAUUUUGUAUCAUCCAAACUCUUCUGUAUAUGACAGGUUCCGGCGAGUUCCUGGCCAUGCCUCCAGUAGUCGUAAAAAACUACCAGAUAGCGCAUCUAGAAAGCUCUCCCUUUGUGGCCACUCGCAAAUUGUAUGCAAUGGACGGCUUUCGAUCAUUCUUUCGUGGUGUUUUCGCCGGCGUCGUCCGCAAGUCCCUAGCUAACGCGAUCGUCCUUCAGAGCAUUGGGCCUACCAAAUUGUUGCUGUCUCCGUUGUUCAGUAGGAACGAAUCCACAACUAGUACGAAAACAUCUUCUUCGGCUUCAAGUGGAAGCUCUUCCUCAUCCUCUUCAUCCCCAUCCACUUCCACGCCUCCGAAGAGCAUGCUCCAGAAAAUGGGUGUAGGAUUUCUAGCCGGCUCCAUCACUGGUUCCUUCGCGGAAGUCGCUACGAACUAUCCUGACCGAGUAAAAACCUUGAUGCACACGAAGCGCGUGACCCUUUACAAUGCAGCUUUGGAGGCUGCCCGAGAUCCCUUCCGAGGUGCCUUGUGGGCAGGCCUGAGGAAGGGUGUAAUACGUGGGAUCAACUGGGGAAGCGUUGGCAUAUUCACGACAUUGCUGGAAGACAUGUACUGGAAAUGGCAGACACCAGCGACGGCCUCGCAGUACGCUGCGAGCAGUCCUCCGAGUUUGAACCGAGGUCCGACGGUCACAAUACCGAGUCGCGCCUAGCACCAGUCUUCAACCUGUGUUUCGAUGAUAUCACACGUGAAGAUCGUGACACGUAACACAAACAACAUGCUCAUGCAAUAGCUGAACACUGUUUUGAUGAAGUACUUACAACACUAAUAAUUUUUUACUGACUACUUGUUGUCCGCUUCCUCACUGCUUACUUGCUCAGAAGAACGAUGUUCUGUUUUUAGCUGGAACGGCUUACAGAUAUUUUUUUCAAUAAAAAAGGCUUGAAAAAGUUCUUUAAUGUUGGGGAAAAUACUGAGGACAGGAAUAAAUUUAGAGAACUAUUAACCCACGAAAAAUAUAUGGACUUACUUACCCAAAC